AUGCAUAAAAACCGGAUAGAAGCUUUGGCAAAGCCAAAAAAAUGGCGAGACGUAGUAUCUAUUAUGGAGCGUACAUUACCUGAACCCGUUUCAAAAGCAGCGAUAGGAUGCCAGCUAGAAAAAACGAGUCGCAUUUGGAAUUUGAGCAAACCAAAACUUAGACAACCCAAUCCGCUACUGCAUCAAAAUAUAAAAACAACGUAUUCCGUAAACUGGACACCAAAUAAAUAUGAUCAUACAAGUAAUCGAAUAAUAGAGCUGGCUCAGCCAAAACAACAAUUGAAAUUCCACCCUCAAUGUAACAAAGUUGAACCAAGAAAAUCGUACCUAAGACCAUAUGAGAAACAAACAGCUUGGCUCAAAAUAAAUGCAGUUCCUAAAACAAUAUUCAAACCACCAUUAGUACUAAAAAAAUAUACCAAACUCACUGAAGCUGAAAUAGAAGAAUUUAUUGACCGCUUGUCAGCGAUACCGAAAUCAAGACGCUAUACAAUUUUGAAAAAAGAACCCAAACCCAAAAUAAAAAAACUACCGGAUAAAAUGAUUGAAUCAAUAAACCGUUUAUCCGAACCACGGAAAUUGGCGUCCGAAAUGAGACUAAAUAUCGAAUACAACCCAUUCGAAAUUCCGCUGCGCGUAUUGAGACAUAAACCAUCAAAACGGAUAGGAGAAUUGGCGGAACCCAAAGUUUAUGAAACAUCAGCAAUCAAAGAUGCUAUAAGGGAAAAUCCUUUUGAAGUUUCGAAGAGUUCGUUGAAAUACAAGGCUACCAAAUUAAUAAAAAAAUUGGCACAACCACGGCGAUACGAUAAUUAA